AUGCAACUACACUCCAGUCUCUUUCUCCUCGCCCUUGUGCUUUCUUGUGUCGAUGCGAUCGGAAGUCCUGAAAUAUGCAAGUGCCCGGUGCUGAAGCAAGUUGACGCGGAGCUGUACGCACAAAUAAGAGGAACGCCGAACAUGCCUUCGAGCGAGAUUCCUGACUUUUCUCCAUUGGACGUGGACUACGGAGACAACUGCACGACGGUCACCAUCACCUGCAUCUAUCCCAGAUUCACGAGACAUCGUUCGUCGGUCUACUAUGCUAAUGGAGCGGUAUCUAUUUCGAAAAUCAUAUCUUCUCUUUUCUACGCCAUUCCUUGCAGAACUUCUCAACAGUGCGUCGCUUCGAUUUGGCCGACGAGUACAGUAUCAGAUGCAAUCAGAUGACCGGAGUGUGGCUUUCGGAAGAGAACUCUGAAAUCAGCUACAUCCAAUGUGCGUACCGACCGAUGCUCAUCAACAGGCUGGUCACUAGUGUUUGGGAAGAAGUUUCACUGUUGUGGAAGACAAUCAUCACUGUGCUCAAUACUAAUUUUGGCGUUUUCAAGUUUGUCAUUGGUUAUGACUGAUUGUAUUGAAUAAAUGUUUCUUUAAACUUUAUGAUCGAACAUCUGAAGUAGCAUGGACCUUCCUGACACAUUUCAACUUCUCUCUAGUUAUCGUUCAAACUUCCACCACUUUUUUUUUCUUUUCCCGUCAAAUUAACACAAUUCAAAAUGCGAAUUUUAAUGUUGCUGCAAAACUGAACUGUGCUCUCAAAUUACACGACGAACGAUGUCUCGUGAAUCUGGGAUAGAUGCAGGUGAUGGUGACCGUCGUGCAGUUGUCUCCGUAGUCCACGUCCAAUGGAGAAAAGUCCGGAAUCUCGCUAGAAGGCAUGUUCGGCGUUCCUCUUAUUUGUGCGUACAGCUUCGCGUCAACUUGCUUCAGCACCGGGCACUUGCAUAUUUCAGGACUUCCGAUCGCAUCGACACAAGAAAGCACAAGGGCGAGGAGAAAGAGACUGGAGUGUAGUUGCAUUAUUAUCGACAAAAGCUAAUGGUGAAAGCAGGGGCGGAAUGUUCCAACGCGACACUCAAAAUAUGCAUAAUUGUUUCUUGUGCUGAAUUGCAAAUGUGUGCGGAACAAUAUAAAGUUCUCAGAAUCAUAGAAGUUCGACACGCAGCGAUGGUCAUUCUGGAAAUAUGCUUGAUUGUCGCGCUCGCUGCUCACGGCCAAACUGCACGGUGUCCUGUUCCCAUAUUGACAGUAAGUCUAUUAAGAGAAACAAUGUUAACUGUUUGUUGUAGCCAGCGACGGAAACAAGUUCAUCAACGACUUCUCUUCUAACCAGCACAUUCACUUCUACUAUAACCACGACUCAACAACCAAACACCUCGACAGUUACGUCUACCACCACUCAGGAGCCGACUACGUCUACUGUGACUUCGACUACCACCGAGGAACCUUGUAUAUCUACUGGCAACUCGACUACGACUCAAGAACCUAGUUCAUCCACUGUCAUCUCCACAACGACUCAAGAACCUAGUUCAUCCACUGUCACCUCCACAACGACUCAGGAGCCGAGUACAUCUACUGUGACGUCGACUACCACCAUGGAGCCGAGUACAUCCACGAUUACGUCUACCACCCAGGCGCCGAGUACACCGACAGUUACGUCUACCAUCACUGAGGAGCCGACUACGUCUACAGUGACUUCGACUACCACCGAGGAACCUUGUACAUCUACUGGCAACUCGACAACGACUCAGGAGCCGAGUACAUCCACUGUCAUCUCCACAACGACUCAAGAACCUAGUUCAUCCACUGUCACCUCCACAACGACUCAGGAGCCGAGUACAUCUACUGUGACGUCGACUACCACCAUGGAGCCGAGUACAUCCACGAUUACGUCUACCACCCAGGCGCCGAGUACACCGACAGUUACGUCUACCAUCACUGAGGAGCCGACUACGCCUACAGUGACUUCGACUACCACCGAGGAACCUUGUACAUCUACUGGCAACUCGACAACGACUCAGGAGCCGAGUACAUCCACUGUCACCUCCACAACGACUCAAGAACCUAGUUCAUCCACUGUCACCUCCACAACGACUCAGGAGCCGAGUACAUCUACUGUGACGUCGACUACCACCAUGGAGCCGAGUACAUCCACGAUUACGUCUACCACCCAGGAGCCGAGUACACCGACAGUUACGUCUACCAUCACUGAGGAGCCGACUACGCCUACAGUGACUUCGACUACCACCCAGGAACCUUGUACAUCUACUGGCAACUCGACAACGACUCAGGAGCCGAGUACAUCCACUGUCAUCUCUACAACGACUCAAGAACCUAGUUCAUCCACUGUCACCUCCACAACGACUCAAGAACCUAGUUCAUCCACUGUCAUCUCCACAACGACUCAAGAACCUAGUUCAUCCACUGUCACCUCCACAACGACUCAGGAGCCGAGUACAUCUACUGUGACGUCGACUACCACCAUGGAGCCGAGUACAUCCACGAUUACGUCUGCCACCCAGGAGCCGAGUACACCGACAGUUACGUCUACCAUCACUGAGGAGCCGACUACGCCUACAGUGACUUCGACUACCACCCAGGAACCUUGUACAUCUACUGGCAACUCGACAACGACUCAGGAGCCGAGUACAUCCACUGUCAUCUCUACAACGACUCAAGAACCUAGUUCAUCCACUGUCACCUCCACAACGACUCAAGAACCUAGUUCAUCCACUGUCACCUCCACAACGACUCAGGAGCCGAGUACAUCUACUGUGACGUCGACUACCACCAUGGAGCCGAGUACAUCCACGAUUACGUCUACCACCCAGGAGCCGAGUACACCGACAGUUACGUCUACCAUCACUGAGGAGCCGACUACGCCUACAGUGACUUCGACUACCACCCAGGAACCUUGUACAUCUACUGGCAACUCGACAACGACUCAGGAGCCGAGUACAUCCACUGUCACCUCCACAACGACUCAAGAACCUAGUUCAUCCACUGUCACCUCCACAACGACUCAGGAGCCGAGUACAUCUACUGUGACGUCGACUACCACCAUGGAGCCGAGUACAUCCACGAUUACGUCUACCACCCAGGAGCCGAGUACACCGACAGUUACGUCUACCAUCACUGAGGAGCCGACUACGUCUACAGUGACUUCGACUACCACCGAGGAACCUUGUACAUCUACUGGCAACUCGACAACGACUCAGGAGCCGAGUACAUCCACUGUCACCUCCACAACGACUCAAGAACCUAGUUCAUCCACUGUCACCUCCACAACGACUCAAGAACCUAGUUCAUCCACUGUCACCUCCACAACGACUCAAGAACCUAGUUCAUCCACUGUCACCUCCACAACGACUCAGGAGCCGAGUACAUCUACUGUGACGUCGACUACCACCAUGGAGCCGAGUACAUCCACGAUUACGUCUACCACCCAGGCGCCGAGUACACCGACAGUUACGUCUACCAUCACUGAGGAGCCGACUACGCCUACAGUGACUUCGACUACCACCGAGGAACCUUGUACAUCUACUGGCAACUCGACAACGACUCAGGAGCCGAGUACAUCCACUGUCAUCUCUACAACGACUCAAGAACCUAGUUCAUCCACUGUCACCUCCACAACGACUCAAGAACCUAGUUCAUCCACUGUCACCUCCACAACGACUCAGGAGCCGAGUACAUCUACUGUGACGUCGACUACCACCAUGGAGCCGAGUACAUCCACGAUUACGUCUACCACCCAGGAGCCGAGUACACCGACAGUUACGUCUACCAUCACUGAGGAGCCGACUACGUCUACAGUGACUUCGACUACCACCGAGGAACCUUGUACAUCUACUGGCAACUCGACAACGACUCAGGAGCCGAGUACAUCCACUGUCACCUCCACAACGACUCAAGAACCUAGUUCAUCCACUGUCACCUCCACAACGACUCAGGAGCCGAGUACAUCUACUGUGACGUCGACUACCACCAUGGAGCCGAGUACAUCCACGAUUACGUCUACCACCCAGGCGCCGAGUACACCGACAGUUACGUCUACCAUCACUGAGGAGCCGACUACGUCUACAGUGACUUCGACUACCACCGAGGAACCUUGUACAUCUACUGGCAACUCGACAACGACUCAGGAGCCGAGUACAUCCACUGUCACCUCCACAACGACUCAAGAACCUAGUUCAUCCACUGUCACCUCCACAACGACUCAGGAGCCGAGUACAUCUACUGUGACGUCGACUACCACCAUGGAGCCGAGUACAUCCACGAUUACGUCUACCACCCAGGCGCCGAGUACACCGACAGUUACGUCUACCAUCACUGAGGAGCCGACUACGUCUACAGUGACUUCGACUACCACCGAGGAACCUUGUACAUCUACUGGCAACUCGACAACGACUCAGGAGCCGAGUACAUCCACUGUCACCUCCACAACGACUCAAGAACCUAGUUCAUCCACUGUCACCUCCACAACGACUCAGGAGCCGAGUACAUCUACUGUGACGUCGACUACCACCAUGGAGCCGAGUACAUCCACGAUUACGUCUACCACCCAGGCGCCGAGUACACCGACAGUUACGUCUACCAUCACUGAGGAGCCGACUACGUCUACAGUGACUUCGACUACCACCGAGGAACCUUGUACAUCUACUGGCAACUCGACAACGACUCAGGAGCCGAGUACAUCCACUGUCACCUCCACAACGACUCAAGAACCUAGUUCAUCCACUGUCACCUCCACAACGACUCAGGAGCCGAGUACAUCUACUGUGACGUCGACUACCACCAUGGAGCCGAGUACAUCCACGAUUACGUCUACCACCCAGGCGCCGAGUACACCGACAGUUACGUCUACCAUCACUGAGGAGCCGACUACGUCUACAGUGACUUCGACUACCACCGAGGAACCUUGUACAUCUACUGGCAACUCGACAACGACUCAGGAGCCGAGUACAUCCACUGUCACCUCCACAACGACUCAAGAACCUAGUUCAUCCACUGUCACCUCCACAACGACUCAGGAGCCGAGUACAUCUACUGUGACGUCGACUACCACCAUGGAGCCGAGUACAUCCACGAUUACGUCUACCACCCAGGCGCCGAGUACACCGACAGUUACGUCUACCAUCACUGAGGAGCCGACUACGUCUACAGUGACUUCGACUACCACCGAGGAACCUUGUACAUCUACUGGCAACUCGACAACGACUCAGGAGCCGAGUACAUCCACUGUCACCUCCACAACGACUCAAGAACCUAGUUCAUCCACUGUCACCUCCACAACGACUCAAGAACCUAGUUCAUCCACUGUCACCUCCACAACGACUCAGGAGCCGAGUACAUCUACUGUGACGUCGACUACCACCAUGGAGCCGAGUACAUCCACGAUUACGUCUACCACCCAGGCGCCGAGUACACCGACAGUUACGUCUACCAUCACUGAGGAGCCGACUACGCCUACAGUGACUUCGACUACCACCGAGGAACCUUGUACAUCUACUGGCAACUCGACAACGACUCAGGAGCCGAGUACAUCCACUGUCACCUCCACAACGACUCAAGAACCUAGUUCAUCCACUGUCACCUCCACAACGACUCAGGAGCCGAGUACAUCUACUGUGACGUCGACUACCACCAUGGAGCCGAGUACAUCCACGAUUACGUCUACCACCCAGGCGCCGAGUACACCGACAGUUACGUCUACCAUCACUGAGGAGCCGACUACGUCUACAGUGACUUCGACUACCACCGAGGAACCUUGUACAUCUACUGGCAACUCGACAACGACUCAGGAGCCGAGUACAUCCACUGUCACCUCCACAACGACUCAAGAACCUAGUUCAUCCACUGUCACCUCCACAACGACUCAAGAACCUAGUUCAUCCACUGUCACCUCCACAACGACUCAGGAGCCGAGUACAUCUACUGUGACGUCGACUACCACCAUGGAGCCGAGUACAUCCACGAUUACGUCUACCACCCAGGCGCCGAGUACACCGACAGUUACGUCUACCAUCACUGAGGAGCCGACUACGUCUACAGUGACUUCGACUACCACCGAGGAACCUUGUACAUCUACUGGCAACUCGACAACGACUCAGGAGCCGAGUACAUCCACUGUCACCUCCACAACGACUCAAGAACCUAGUUCAUCCACUGUCACCUCCACAACGACUCAGGAGCCGAGUACAUCUACUGUGACGUCGACUACCACCAUGGAGCCGAGUACAUCCACGAUUACGUCUACCACCCAGGCGCCGAGUACACCGACAGUUACGUCUACCAUCACUGAGGAGCCGACUACGUCUACAGUGACUUCGACUACCACCGAGGAACCUUGUACAUCUACUGGCAACUCGACAACGACUCAGGAGCCGAGUACAUCCACUGUCACCUCCACAACGACUCAAGAACCUAGUUCAUCCACUGUCACCUCCACAACGACUCAGGAGCCGAGUACAUCUACUGUGACGUCGACUACCACCAUGGAGCCGAGUACAUCCACGAUUACGUCUACCACCCAGGAGCCGAGUACACCGACAGUUACGUCUACCAUCACUGAGGAGCCGACUACGUCUACAGUGACUUCGACUACCACCGAGGAACCUUGUACAUCUACUGGCAACUCGACAACGACUCAGGAGCCGAGUACAUCCACUGUCACCUCCACAACGACUCAAGAACCUAGUUCAUCCACUGUCACCUCCACAACGACUCAGGAGCCGAGUACAUCUACUGUGACGUCGACUACCACCAUGGAGCCGAGUACAUCCACGAUUACGUCUACCACCCAGGAGCCGAGUACACCGACAGUUACGUCUACCAUCACUGAGGAGCCGACUACGUCUACAGUGACUUCGACUACCACCGAGGAACCUUGUACAUCUACUGGCAACUCGACAACGACUCAGGAGCCGAGUACAUCCACUGUCACCUCCACAACGACUCAAGAACCUAGUUCAUCCACUGUCACCUCCACAACGACUCAGGAGCCGAGUACAUCUACUGUGACGUCGACUACCACCAUGGAGCCGAGUACAUCCACGAUUACGUCUACCACCCAGGAGCCGAGUACACCGACAGUUACGUCUACCAUCACUGAGGAGCCGACUACGUCUACAGUGACUUCGACUACCACCGAGGAACCUUGUACAUCUACUGGCAACUCGACAACGACUCAGGAGCCGAGUACAUCCACUGUCACCUCCACAACGACUCAAGAACCUAGUUCAUCCACUGUCACCUCCACAACGACUCAAGAACCUAGUUCAUCCACUGUCACCUCCACAACGACUCAGGAGCCGAGUACAUCUACUGUGACGUCGACUACCACCAUGGAGCCGAGUACAUCCACGAUUACGUCUACCACCCAGGAGCCGAGUACACCGACAGUUACGUCUACCAUCACUGAGGAGCCGACUACGUCUACAGUGACUUCGACUACCACCGAGGAACCUUGUACAUCUACUGGCAACUCGACAACGACUCAGGAGCCGAGUACAUCCACUGUCACCUCCACAACGACUCAAGAACCUAGUUCAUCCACUGUCACCUCCACAACGACUCAGGAGCCGAGUACAUCUACUGUGACGUCGACUACCACCAUGGAGCCGAGUACAUCCACGAUUACGUCUACCACCCAGGAGCCGAGUACACCGACAGUUACGUCUACCAUCACUGAGGAGCCGACUACGUCUACAGUGACUUCGACUACCACCGAGGAACCUUGUACAUCUACUGGCAACUCGACAACGACUCAGGAGCCGAGUACAUCCACUGUCACCUCCACAACGACUCAAGAACCUAGUUCAUCCACUGUCACCUCCACAACGACUCAAGAACCUAGUUCAUCCACUGUCACCUCCACAACGACUCAGGAGCCGAGUACAUCUACUGUGACGUCGACUACCACCAUGGAGCCGAGUACAUCCACGAUUACGUCUACCACCCAGGAGCCGAGUACACCGACAGUUACGUCUACCAUCACUGAGGAGCCGACUACGUCUACAGUGACUUCGACUACCACCGAGGAACCUUGUACAUCUACUGGCAACUCGACAACGACUCAGGAGCCGAGUACAUCCACUGUCACCUCCACAACGACUCAAGAACCUAGUUCAUCCACUGUCACCUCCACAACGACUCAGGAGCCGAGUACAUCUACUGUGACGUCGACUACCACCAUGGAGCCGAGUACAUCCACGAUUACGUCUACCACCCAGGAGCCGAGUACACCGACAGUUACGUCUACCAUCACUGAGGAGCCGACUACGUCUACAGUGACUUCGACUACCACCGAGGAACCUUGUACAUCUACUGGCAACUCGACAACGACUCAGGAGCCGAGUACAUCCACUGUCACCUCCACAACGACUCAAGAACCUAGUUCAUCCACUGUCACCUCCACAACGACUCAGGAGCCGAGUACAUCUACUGUGACGUCGACUACCACCAUGGAGCCGAGUACAUCCACGAUUACGUCUACCACCCAGGAGCCGAGUACACCGACAGUUACGUCUACCAUCACUGAGGAGCCGACUACGUCUACAGUGACUUCGACUACCACCGAGGAACCUUGUACAUCUACUGGCAACUCGACAACGACUCAGGAGCCGAGUACAUCCACUGUCACCUCCACAACGACUCAAGAACCUAGUUCAUCCACUGUCACCUCCACAACGACUCAAGAACCUAGUUCAUCCACUGUCACCUCCACAACGACUCAGGAGCCGAGUACAUCUACUGUGACGUCGACUACCACCAUGGAGCCGAGUACAUCCACGAUUACGUCUACCACCCAGGAGCCGAGUACACCGACAGUUACGUCUACCAUCACUGAGGAGCCGACUACGUCUACAGUGACUUCGACUACCACCGAGGAACCUUGUACAUCUACUGGCAACUCGACAACGACUCAGGAGCCGAGUACAUCCACUGUCACCUCCACAACGACUCAAGAACCUAGUUCAUCCACUGUCACCUCCACAACGACUCAGGAGCCGAGUACAUCUACUGUGACGUCGACUACCACCAUGGAGCCGAGUACAUCCACGAUUACGUCUACCACCCAGGAGCCGAGUACACCGACAGUUACGUCUACCAUCACUGAGGAGCCGACUACGUCUACAGUGACUUCGACUACCACCGAGGAACCUUGUACAUCUACUGGCAACUCGACAACGACUCAGGAGCCGAGUACAUCCACUGUCACCUCCACAACGACUCAAGAACCUAGUUCAUCCACUGUCACCUCCACAACGACUCAGGAGCCGAGUACAUCUACUGUGACGUCGACUACCACCAUGGAGCCGAGUACAUCCACGAUUACGUCUACCACCCAGGAGCCGAGUACACCGACAGUUACGUCUACCAUCACUGAGGAGCCGACUACGUCUACAGUGACUUCGACUACCACCGAGGAACCUUGUACAUCUACUGGCAACUCGACAACGACUCAGGAGCCGAGUACAUCCACUGUCACCUCCACAACGACUCAAGAACCUAGUUCAUCCACUGUCACCUCCACAACGACUCAGGAGCCGAGUACAUCUACUGUGACGUCGACUACCACCAUGGAGCCGAGUACAUCCACGAUUACGUCUACCACCCAGGAGCCGAGUACACCGACAGUUACGUCUACCAUCACUGAGGAGCCGACUACGUCUACAGUGACUUCGACUACCACCGAGGAACCUUGUACAUCUACUGGCAACUCGACAACGACUCAGGAGCCGAGUACAUCCACUGUCACCUCCACAACGACUCAAGAACCUAGUUCAUCCACUGUCACCUCCACAACGACUCAAGAACCUAGUUCAUCCACUGUCACCUCCACAACGACUCAGGAGCCGAGUACAUCUACUGUGACGUCGACUACCACCAUGGAGCCGAGUACAUCCACGAUUACGUCUACCACCCAGGAGCCGAGUACACCGACAGUUACGUCUACCAUCACUGAGGAGCCGACUACGUCUACAGUGACUUCGACUACCACCGAGGAACCUUGUACAUCUACUGGCAACUCGACAACGACUCAGGAGCCGAGUACAUCCACUGUCACCUCCACAACGACUCAAGAACCUAGUUCAUCCACUGUCACCUCCACAACGACUCAGGAGCCGAGUACAUCUACUGUGACGUCGACUACCACCAUGGAGCCGAGUACAUCCACGAUUACGUCUACCACCCAGGAGCCGAGUACACCGACAGUUACGUCUACCAUCACUGAGGAGCCGACUACGUCUACAGUGACUUCGACUACCACCGAGGAACCUUGUACAUCUACUGGCAACUCGACAACGACUCAGGAGCCGAGUACAUCCACUGUCACCUCCACAACGACUCAAGAACCUAGUUCAUCCACUGUCACCUCCACAACGACUCAGGAGCCGAGUACAUCUACUGUGACGUCGACUACCACCAUGGAGCCGAGUACAUCCACGAUUACGUCUACCACCCAGGAGCCGAGUACACCGACAGUUACGUCUACCAUCACUGAGGAGCCGACUACGUCUACAGUGACUUCGACUACCACCGAGGAACCUUGUACAUCUACUGGCAACUCGACAACGACUCAGGAGCCGAGUACAUCCACUGUCACCUCCACAACGACUCAAGAACCUAGUUCAUCCACUGUCACCUCCACAACGACUCAGGAGCCGAGUACAUCUACUGUGACGUCGACUACCACCAUGGAGCCGAGUACAUCCACGAUUACGUCUACCACCCAGGAGCCGAGUACACCGACAGUUACGUCUACCAUCACUGAGGAGCCGACUACGUCUACAGUGACUUCGACUACCACCGAGGAACCUUGUACAUCUACUGGCAACUCGACAACGACUCAGGAGCCGAGUACAUCCACUGUCACCUCCACAACGACUCAAGAACCUAGUUCAUCCACUGUCACCUCCACAACGACUCAGGAGCCGAGUACAUCUACUGUGACGUCGACUACCACCAUGGAGCCGAGUACAUCCACGAUUACGUCUACCACCCAGGAGCCGAGUACACCGACAGUUACGUCUACCAUCACUGAGGAGCCGACUACGUCUACAGUGACUUCGACUACCACCGAGGAACCUUGUACAUCUACUGGCAACUCGACAACGACUCAGGAGCCGAGUACAUCCACUGUCACCUCCACAACGACUCAAGAACCUAGUUCAUCCACUGUCACCUCCACAACGACUCAGGAGCCGAGUACAUCUACUGUGACGUCGACUACCACCAUGGAGCCGAGUACAUCCACGAUUACGUCUACCACCCAGGAGCCGAGUACACCGACAGUUACGUCUACCAUCACUGAGGAGCCGACUACGUCUACAGUGACUUCGACUACCACCGAGGAACCUUGUACAUCUACUGGCAACUCGACAACGACUCAGGAGCCGAGUACAUCCACUGUCACCUCCACAACGACUCAAGAACCUAGUUCAUCCACUGUCACCUCCACAACGACUCAGGAGCCGAGUACAUCUACUGUGACGUCGACUACCACCAUGGAGCCGAGUACAUCCACGAUUACGUCUACCACCCAGGAGCCGAGUACACCGACAGUUACGUCUACCAUCACUGAGGAGCCGACUACGUCUACAGUGACUUCGACUACCACCGAGGAACCUUGUACAUCUACUGGCAACUCGACAACGACUCAGGAGCCGAGUACAUCCACUGUCACCUCCACAACGACUCAAGAACCUAGUUCAUCCACUGUCACCUCCACAACGACUCAAGAACCUAGUUCAUCCACUGUCACCUCCACAACGACUCAGGAGCCGAGUACAUCUACUGUGACGUCGACUACCACCAUGGAGCCGAGUACAUCCACGAUUACGUCUACCACCCAGGCGCCGAGUACACCGACAGUUACGUCUACCAUCACUGAGGAGCCGACUACGUCUACAGUGACUUCGACUACCACCGAGGAACCUUGUACAUCUACUGGCAACUCGACAACGACUCAGGAGCCGAGUACAUCCACUGUCACCUCCACAACGACUCAAGAACCUAGUUCAUCCACUGUCACCUCCACAACGACUCAAGAACCUAGUUCAUCCACUGUCACCUCCACAACGACUCAGGAGCCGAGUACAUCUACUGUGACGUCGACUACCACCAUGGAGCCGAGUACAUCCACGAUUACGUCUACCACCCAGGAGCCGAGUACAUCCCGACGAGUUACGUCUACCAUCACUCAGGAGCCGACUACGUCUACUGUGACAUCGACUACCACCCAGGAACCUAGUACAUCUACUGGCAUCGACAACGACUCAGGAGCCGAGUACAUCCACUGUCACCUCCACAACGACUCAAGAACCUAGUUCAUCCACUGUCACCUCCACAACGACUCAGGAGCCGAGUACAUCUACUGUGUCGUCGACUACCACCCAGGAGCCGAGUACAUCCACGAUUACGUCUACCACCCAGGAGCCGAGUACAUCCACGAUUACGUCUACCACCACUCAGGAGCCGACUACGUCUACUGUGACUUCGACUACAACUCAAGAACCUAGUUCAUCUACUGUGACAUCGACUACAACUCAAGAACCUAGUUCAUCCACGUUUACGUCUACCACCCAGGAGCCGAGUACAUCCACGAUUACGUCUACCACCACUCAGGAGCCGACUACGUCUACUGUGACAUCGACUACAACUCAAGAACCUAGUUCAUCUACUGUGACAUCGACUACAACUCAAGAACCUAGUUCAUCCACGAUUACGUCUACCACCCAGGAGCCGAGUACAUCCACGAUUACGUCUACCACCACUCAGGAGCCGACUACGUCUACUGUGACAUCGACUACCACCAUGGAGCCGACUACGUCUACUGUGACAUCGACUACAACUCAAGAACCUAGUUCAUCUACUGUGACAUCGACUACAACUCAAGAACCUAGUUCGUCCACGAUUACGUCUACCACCCAGGAGCCGAGUACAUCCACGAUUACGUCUACCACCACUCAGGAGCCGACUACGUCUACUGUGACUUCGACUACCACCAUGGAGCCGACUACGUCUACUGUGACAUCGACUACAACUCAAGAACCUAGUUCAUCUACUGUGACAUCGACUACAACUCAAGAACCUAGUUCAUCCACGAUUACGUCUACCACCCAGGAGCCGAGUACAUCCACGAUUACGUCUACCACCACUCAGGAGCCGACUACGUCUACUGUGACAUCGACUACCACCAUGGAGCCGACUACGUCUACUGUGACAUCGACUACAACUCAAGAACCUAGUUCAUCUACUGUGACAUCGACUACAACUCAAGAACCUAGUUCAUCCACGAUUUACGUCUACCACCCAGGAGCCGAGUACAUCCACGAUUACGUCUACCACCACUCAGGAGCCGACUACGUCUACUGUGACAUCGACUACCACCAUGGAGCCGACUACGUCUACUGUGACAUCGACUACAACUCAAGAACCUAGUUCAUCUACUGUGACAUCGACUACAACUCAAGAACCUAGUUCAUCCACGAUUACGUCUACCACCCAGGAGCCGAGUACAUCCACGAUUACGUCUACCACCACUCAGGAGCCGACUACGUCUACUGUGACAUCGACUACAACUCAAGAACCUAGUUCAUCCACGUUUACGUCUACCACCCAGGAGCCGAGUACAUCCACGAUUACGUCUACCACCACUCAGGAGCCGACUACGUCUACUGUGACGUCGACUACCACCAUGGAGCCGACUACGUCUACUGUGACAUCGACUACAACUCAAGAACCUAGUUCAUCCACGAUUACGUCUACCACCCAGGAGCCGAGUACAUCCACGAUUACGUCUACCACCACUCAGGAGCCGACUACGUCUACUGUGACAUCGACUACCACCAUGGAGCCGACUACAUCUACUGUGACAUCGACUACAACUCAAGAACCUAGUUCAUCCACGAUUUACGUCUACCACCCAGGAGCCGAGUACAUCCACGAUUACGUCUACCACCACUCAGGAGCCGACUACGUCUACUGUGACAUCGACUACCACCAUGGAGCCGACUACGUCUACUGUGACAUCGACUACAACUCAAGAACCUAG